AUGGCGUUGCAAUGUUUACCAUCCCUGAGGUCGCACAAGCAGUUCCUGGCUGGAGAGAAGCUCUUCAACAGUGCCACCUGCUGGAAACUGGAGAUGGGACUGCUGGUCAACUGCGGGGGUAACCAGCCAGACCGACAUGAAAGGAUGAGGAUGUCCCCGAUGGUCCUGAAAUUGGAGCCAAAGCUGCCGAUUGACUGCCUGUUGGGAACGAUGGAAACCACAGAAGAGUGGACCUAUAACCAUCGAGAUGCCAUUGAACACAUCUUCCAAGAUGCAAGAAAUAAAUUACAACAUGCCGCUACAAGACGAGCCAUACGUCACAAUGUCAAGUGGAACAUCAUCCUGUUGAAAGGACUCAAAUACUUGGGGAGCCUGGACCUCCUGCUAUGGACUAACGGGGAAACGCCACCGGCUUCUCCAAAACAAGUGGAAGACAAAGACAAGGACCAGUUUGAUGCUGUUGAUAUAGCGACGGAGAAGUUGAGCCAUCCGACAGCAAACAGAGCCAAGCCACCGCAGAGGAGGCCCCCCACGAACCCUGGCCCCGGAGUCCAGGAGACUGAGAGCGAUAAGACUGAAGCAGGAUCCACUCCGACAAAGCCAUCGGAACUCAAAAAGCCAACAGAAAGCACUCUGGCUUCCCCUGCCAAACCCGACCAGCCUCCCAGAAGCCCUCCUCCAGCACGUCCCGCUCCUCCCAAAGUCCUGCUGGAGGGAAAAGCAUCGUGUGCGAAAGACAAGCCCAGUGUGGAGAGUCUGCAGGUGGAGGUGCAGGAGCUGAGGGCGGCGCUGGAGCUGCUGCAGACGCAAUACAACCCUCUUUAUUCCUGGGAAGAACCACUGGCUCUGUUCCUCAGACUGGAUCUGCUGAAGCUCUGA